AUGGCUUCUAUCAAGCUCAAUAGCGCCCAUUUAGAGAAAAUCUCGGCGGCAGGUAAGGCCCAGGUCCCGACAUACCGCCGCGAUGGCGCCGUCAAGGAGGGAAUCGUCCAUAUUGGUGUGGGCGGCUUCCACCGAGCUCACCUGGCCUUCUACAUCAACCAGUUGAUGCAAAAGUAUGGAAUUUCUGACUACGCGAUAUGUGGCGUUGGGUUGCAGCCAUUCGAUGCCAAAAUGCGCGACGCAUUGAGGUCGCAAGAUCAUCUGUACACUGUUAUUGAACGCUCGGGCAAGGGGAAUUCUGCACAUGUAGUUGGCAGCAUCAACUCUUACCUCUUCGCGCCGGAUGACCGCGAAGCUCUUGUUGCCAAGAUGGCAAAUCCUGACACGCAUAUCGUGUCACUCACUAUCACUGAAUCCGGCUACUACUACAAUGAGAACACACAUGAAUUGCAGGUUGAUCAUCCCGAUAUUCAGUUCGACCUUGAUCCAGCCAACAAGAAGACACCACGAACUACUUUUGGCUUUCUUUACGCUGCCCUGGAGCAACGCUACCAGCAAGGACUCAGACCUUUCACUGUUAUGUCAUGCGAUAAUAUGCAAAAGAAUGGCUCUAUCACACGGCAUAUGCUUGAAUCUUUUGCACAUUUACAGAACCCUGAGGUUGCAAAGUGGAUUUCCGAGUGCGGUGCUUUCCCUAACUCCAUGGUUGAUCGCAUUACUCCCCAAACAUCUGCGAUUGAUAUAACAAAACUCGCGGAAGAAUUCGGCAUUGAGGAUGCAUGGCCGGUUGUUACAGAGCCUUUCAUGCAAUGGGUUGUUGAGGAUCAGUUUUCUGAUGGUCGUCCACCGUUUGAGAAAGUUGGUGUGCAGGUCGUUAGGAAUGUCCAUGAUGUUGAGCUGUUUGAGAAGCAUAAACUACGGUUGCUCAAUGCUAGCCACUCAGCCAUAGGCUAUCCGGGUCAGUUGGCAGGUUUCAAGUAUGUUCACGAAGUCAUACAGAACCCGUUGUUCUACAACUUGGUAUGGCAGAUGAUGCAGCAGGAAGUGAAACCACUCCUGCCUGAUAUUCCCGGUGUGAAUGUUGAUGAGUAUUGCAUUACUCUUAUGGAACGUUUUUCCAACCCAACCAUCAUGGACCAGUUGCCUCGCAUUUGCCUCAAUGGUUCUGGCAAGAUUCCACAAUUUAUCAUGCCGUCAAUUGCCGAAGCAAUUUGGGUCACAGGCCCAUUCCGCCGCCUUUGCUUCGUUACGGCUGCUUGGUUUUGCUAUGUUAAAGGCGUCGAAGAUAGUGGUGAAAAUUUCGUGGUCGAUGAUCCGAUGCGUGCAGAAUUACAGGAAAUGGCUCACCAAGGAGGCAAUGACCCAUCAAAGUUGCUCAGUAUCAAAUCCCUAUUCGGUGAUGACUUGCGCAAUGAUGAAAGGUUCAUUAAGGAAGUUGCGAUGGCCAUGGAGGCUAUCAAUCGGGAUGGCGUCAUGAAGACACUUCCUAAGUACAUUGAUCAAAAAUGA